GUUUGUUUUCCCCCUUCCAGAACACAGCCAGUUUGGAUCAGUUUGAUCUAAUCAAGACCCUGGGCACGGGCUCAUUUGGGAGGGUGAUGCUGGUGAAACACAAAGAGACCGGGAAUCACUGUGCCAUGAAGAUCCUGGAUAAACAGAAGCUCGUGAAGCUCAAACAAAUUGAGUACACCCUCAACGAGAAACGGAUCCUCCAGGCCGUCAACUUUCCAUUACUCAUCAAGCUAGAGUAUUCUUUCAAGAUAG